CUCCCCGCCUCUUGAAGGCGACGUAACGUCUGCCGCUGCCGGGAUAUAUCCUGUGGGUUUCCCGGUAACGGGAACUGCAGCUCGCAGUGCGGGGGCUGCCCUGUCACAUGCGCAGGAGGGGAGUGGGGAAUGUCGCUGUGGCCACAUCCUCACAUACACGGGUAAUGCCCAGGCAUCAAGGGGUUAACCUGCAGGCUCCGCCCAGCGGGGGGCCGGGUCAUGCGUUAGUGUCGGGACCAGGAAGGGGUGAGAGCUGGCAGCAGCAGGAUGGCAGCGACUCUAGCUCGGUACCGGGACAGGCUGCAGGAGCUCGCCCGCAAGUACAAGGAGUUCGUCGUCCAGAACCCGGCAGGGGCCACCAAGGUGGAGGGGGCGGUGCGCAUGCUCUCCUAUCUCAUUGCAGGACGCUUCACAGAUUCAAAUGAGUUGUCCGAGCUCUUUUAUUCAGCUUCCAAUCUCCUGGUUCUACUCAAUGAUGGGAUCUUGAGAAAAGAGCUGCUUAAACCCCCUCCCACUGAUGGGUCUCGUCAGCGUCUACUCAACUGGCUAGGGGUCUUGGAAAGUCUGGAGGUUUUCAUCGAAAUUGGGUCAUCGCGUGCGUUUGGCGAUAGGAUGAGAUGGGUGGCCAUACUGGUUAUUCAGCUGCUGAAGGCCUGCCUACGCGUUGUGCUGCUUCUGUCGUAUAAAUCCGGCAUCCAAAGCUUUCCCUCCGUUACUCCGCUUGACCGUGAGGGGGCCCUGAACCAAACAGAAGAAAACAAUGGUGGACAAGACACCUGCUUUGUGGGCACGCGUUCCAGUCGUGCCGUGCGGUCCCUGACAGACGCGCCCACUGGCCGUAAUCGUUUUUGGAGAAGCCCUCAGGGUCCGGAUGGUCAGCAGAGGAAGGCGGAUGACUGGAGCGGGAAACCUUCUGAUUUGGGGACCUUAGGGACUAUAGCAGAGACUGUUCAGAUACUAAGGCCCAUUACACACUUGGGAUGCUUGGCAGUCUGGGGGCAGAAGUCCUGGAAGCCUUGGCUGCUCGCAGCUGCGUUGGAUGUUGGCAGCCUGUCCGUUCUCCGUGAUAUCGACCACCUGAGCCUCAGGGAGCGCAGGGAGCUGAGGAGGAGGAGCCUCCUAUUACUGUAUUACUUGGUUCGCUCUCCAUUCUACAACCGUUACACUGAGAUUCGCCUCCUCCUGCUCCUGCGUCUUCUGGGAGACUACGUCCCGGGAAUUGGGCUGGUGGCGCGUCCCCUCAUGGAUUACCUACCAGUCUGGCAGAAGAUUUACUUCUACAACUGGGGCUGAUAGGGCUCCUCUGGGCCCACUCUGGCUGGCGUCCACUCUUAUCGGAACAUGGUGCUCACCAGGUGCUGCAACAUCGGGCUCGGUAACGAAUGAUGCAACCAAAUCUCUGGACAUUCCUAUAUUAAAUGUGACCUCUUAUUCAUUCCUGAGCAAUACUGAAGCUGUGGUAGAACCAAGGCCUUCACCCACUCACUGAGGACACGGAUACAGUGACGCGUACCAAGUGCUGUCAUAGCCUGCUGCAGAAUCCUGAACAUUCGGAAAGAGAAUACAUCAGAGACUACAAUGAGGUCUCAGGACUCAGAUGUGAUGUGCAGAAUACAGUAUAUAAUAUAAUGCCACCUCCUGCUCCCCUAUUUGUCCCAUAACACGGUUCCCUUUCUUGUAUCAUAGUACCAAAGUGUGGAUGUCAUGCGACUGUCCAGAUGAUGCCGAGCUUCUGAUAAGGGAAAAGGGGGGCUCUUCUGUACAGUUACACAAGGUAGUAACAGCUCAGUACGGGGGAGAUGUAUUAAAAGCUUCUAAAGAGGACAAGCUGAGGUUUUGCCCAUAGCAACCAGAUUCUAGCUGGGUCUGGGACUGAGGGUCGACAGCACAAAGGUCGACACACCUUAGGUCGACAUGGACAAAAAUGUCGCCAUGGACAAAAGGUCGACAGGAACAAGGUCGACAUGGAAAAAGGUCGACAUGAGUUUUUUAUGUUUUUUUGGUGUCGUUUUCUUCGUAGAGUGACCAGGAACCCCAAUUAGUGCACCGCGUCCCCUCGCAUGGCUCGCUUCGCUCACCAUGCUUCGGGCAUGGUGCCUUCGCUCCGCUACCGCUUCGCUCGGCACACUUUACCGUUCCAAUCGUAGUCCACGUGGAUCGUUAAGUAUGAAAAGGUUCAAAAAAAGAAAAAAAUCGUGAAAAACUCAUGUCGACCUUUUUCCAUGUCGACCUUUUGUGCAUGUCGACCUAAGGUGUGUCGACCAAUUGGCGUCGACCUUUGUGCUGUCGACCUGGAGUCCGGAUACCAUUCUAGCUAUCAUUUUAUAGAAUGUACUAGAUGGCUAGAAACCUCCACGUGUCCUCUGUAGACAGUUUGAUAACUCUCCCAGUAUAUGGUAUACACUGCAUUCUAUGACAUGUAUAGUUGUGUAUCUAGACCAGUUUCUCAUCUCUCAACAUGGCAUACCCUAAGGAUUUCCCUAAUUGUUUGCAAAGUUUGUAUAGAUUCAUUAAUUUCAAUACGUGAAAUCCUGAAAAUCUGGCCUGCUGGAGGUCUUUGAGAAGAGAGAUGAGAAACUGCUCUGGAACAUAAAUGUAUUAUGCUCAGUUUCUGAUGUAGAUGAUACAAGCUGUGAAUUGUGAUGUAUGAUUAAUAAACUUUAUUCAGUAUU